GAUUUUCCGUCCCUGUAAAGUAGACGUGGCAGUGACGUCAAUGCCGGAAACGACCGGAACUUUAACUCCUGGGUUGAUUAGUUUUUACCAGCAACAUCGAGGGCUCUCGGAAUAUGUUGUAAUAUCGAUUGAAACGUGUGUACAUAUGUCCAUGAAGGAUACCCAACCUUGUGUUUGAGUUUCCGCACACCGGGAGAUCUUCCUAUUAAUCCAUAACACAGAGCAAAGGUAAAGACACGGCAGUUCCAGGUGGUUUCUGGUCUACAGCGGGCUGGUGACCCUUUACCGGCGGCAAGAUGACGUGCCGUGACCGGACCGUCGAGUUCCAGUCAGCCUGUAAAUCUCUCCAGGGCAGGCCGAAUGGAGUCCAGCCCAGUAAACCAAUUAUUAGCGCUCUCAGGCAGCGCAGUGACUUCACAGUUAUGGCCAAGAGAAUUGGAAAAGACUUGAGCAAUACAUUUGCCAAACUGGAAAAGCUCACCAUUUUGGCAAAAAGAAAAUCUCUAUUUGACGACAAGGCAGUGGAGAUCGAGGAGCUAACGUACAUCAUUAAACAAGACAUCAACAGUCUAAACAAACAGAUAGCACAGCUACAGGACUUGGUGAGGUCCCGCGGAGCUCCAGGUGGCCGACACAUCCAAACCCACUCUAACACUAUAGUGGUGUCUUUACAGUCCAAACUGGCUUCAAUGUCCAAUGACUUCAAAUCAGUCCUAGAAGUCAGAACAGAGAACCUGAAGCAGCAGCGCAGCAGGAGAGAGCAGUUCUCCCAGCCCCCUGUCUCGUCUUCUCCUCUGAUGGCCAACAACUUCAGGAGCCGAAAAAAAGGGGCCCAGGAGCCGCAUGCAGCUCGCGAGCCGCGCAAUGGUUACCAGGGCAAUACAACCUCAAAUUUAAAAGAGAGCUCGGUCCUGAUGCAGGAUGAGUCCAGGAGUAUGGGGGAUGUAGCCAUCGAUAUGGACUCUCAGACCAAUCCUUUGCAACUCCAGCUUAUUGAUGAGCAGGACUCAUACAUCCAAAGCCGUGCGGACACCAUGCAGAACAUUGAAAGCACCAUCGUGGAACUGGGCUCUAUAUUCCAGCAGCUGGCGCACAUGGUAAAGGAGCAAGAGGAGACCAUCCAGAGGAUCGACGCUAAUGUGGAGGACACCCAGCUGAAUGUGGAGGGCGCCCAUACUGAGAUCCUCAAAUACUUCCAGUCCGUCUCCUCCAACCGCUGGCUGAUGAUCAAGAUCUUUCUCGUCCUCGUUGUCUUCUUUAUCAUCUUUGUUGUCUUCUUUGCUUAAAGAAAAGAGGAGCAGCUGAGAGAAGAGGAAGAGCACAUUGAAUGAGGGGAAGUGAAACUAAAACUGGACUGAGAAGACAUGUCCAGACGACAUAUUUGAAGGGCAGACUUAUCUAUCAAAGUGAUGGUUUGAUAAAGGCUUGGGAGACGCUCGGACUAAUAAAGACUUUUCCAUUAAUACAGACUUUCCGGUUAGUCCCAAGCUACAGACUCUUGAUCUUUAUUAGACAAUUCAGUGAAGAAUGAAGAUGUCGAACUUUGUCCAAAUGAAAGAAUAAAUUAUCUUAAAUCCCCACUUUGUAUAGAAAUGGAGCAAAAACUGCUCAGUAUUGUACUUUGACCAAUUAUUCAUAAACAUUUAAUCAAAAUGGCUAUAAUUUAA